CACUGUAUAAUGUAAUGUUAUUCCGCACACAAUAAAAUAAAAUUAGAGAGCCACCGUUAGCUCCACCGCCACCGCGCUCCUCCGCCGCAUCUCCUCCGGUAUCCACAACUAGAUCCUCCUCCCGCCGCCGCUCCUCCUCCGUCAUCCGUCUCCAGAUCCUCCUCCCUCCACCUCUCCUCCUCCAUGCGCAGCUCCUCCUCCCCGUUUCUCGCCCAGUACAUCCCACCGGAGCUCUCUCUGCUGCCCGUACGACGUAGUUUCAGGCUUUCAGCUGCUCAACCUCGCGCUUUUCUCAUUUCUCUUCACUCCAAAGACAAAUAUUGAUAUAUAGUGGUGAUAAUAUAGCGAGUAAUUCAAGCGCGGAAGCUCGGUCUGACACAUUUCAUUGGAUUAAAACCUAUUUUUCAAGUAUCUAUGCAUAAAACUCGGUAAAGUACGGAUUUGAAGAGGAAAUUCCAAAAUGUAGCUAGACUGUUAAAGCGCGGAAAAGAAAAACGUAUGAAGAAUUUGAACUGGUUUAAGCAAAUUGUGGCGAGCAAUGGGAAGCUGGAGAGGCGGCUGUCGCUGGGAGAGUACAAGCGAGCAGCGUCGUGGUCCAAGUAUCUGGUCUCCUCCGGCGCGGCGAUAAAGGAGGAAGGCGGCGAGGAGUGGAGCGCCGACAUGUCGCAGCUCUACAUAGGGAAUAAGUUUGCCUCGGGGCGCCAUAGUAGGAUUUACAGAGGGAUUUAUAAGCAGAGAGAUGUGGCGAUUAAGCUCAUUAGCCAGCCUGAGGAGGACGGCGACUUGGCGGCGUUUCUCGAGAAGCAGUUCACCUCGGAGGUGGCGUUGUUGCUUCGCCUCAAACACCCCAAUAUCAUCACUUUUAUUGCGGCAUGUAAGAAACCCCCCGUAUUUUGCAUAAUCACCGAGUAUCUACCUGGAGGCUCCCUGAGAAAGUACCUCCAUCAGCAGGAGCCAUACUCGGUCCCUCUCAACCUGGUGCUGAAAUUGGCCCUCGACAUUGCACGUGGAAUGCAGUAUCUCCAUGCUCAGGGGAUACUUCACAGAGAUCUCAAAUCAGAAAAUCUACUGCUCGAUGAAGAUAUGUGUGUAAAAGUGGCUGAUUUUGGGAUAUCAUGCUUAGAAUCCCAAUGUGGUAGUGCGAAGGGGUUCACGGGCACUUACCGUUGGAUGGCACCGGAAAUGAUCAAGGAAAAACACCACACGAAAAAAGUUGAUGUUUACAGUUUCGGCAUCGUUCUCUGGGAGCUAUUAACUGCAUUAACACCAUUCGACAACAUGACCCCAGAACAGGCAGCAUUUGCUGUCUGCCAAAAGAAUGCAAGACCACCGCUACCUUCUGAAUGCCCCAAGGCAUUCCAGAAACUCGUUAAUCGCUGUUGGGCAAGCAAUCCUCAAAAACGGCCACACUUUGAAACAAUCGUAACAAUUCUUGAAAGUUAUGCAGAGUCACUCAAGCGCAAUCCAGACUUCUUUUCAUCGUGCGAACCCUCUAAGGCUGGAGUUCUGCCGCGAUGCUUACCUAAAUGUAUUGGCUGAUUGAUCUGCCUCUCUGAGGGCGCAGGAACCCUCUCAAAAUUGUGCUUAGCUUAUUAUUGUUAUACUUAUUAUAAUUUUUAUUAUUAUUAUUUCUGCAUUUUUUUGUAAGGCAACCAAAAAUAUCAUCCCCAAUGGCAAGUGUCUCAUAUUUUCCCAUUCUGGUUUUAGGUGAAGAUGUUUCAUUGUUGUUAAUGAGUGCACUUUCCGUUUGUUGAAUAUUUGGAAAUUAAGGCAAUUUCUAUA